AAUCCACUUCCACAGGACGCUGCGGCAGUUGUGCGUCUGAAAACACACAAGGAUCUAGCACGCACUUACUAGCGAGAGGAAGUUACCUUGCUGGCGCACGCAAACCAACCUCGCUGGCAAUGCGCAAGUGAGGCGGGAGGGUGAAUGCAGACAGCUGUGCAAAAUGCCCCACGGUCGCAGAAUCGAAACCUUCGCUGCAAAAGGGCCGAAGUGUCAGCAGUGAAACCAAAGCGCCAGAGAAGGCGCGUCGGCCUCUGUCAGCAAAAGCGCCUGGAGCCAGGGCUCAACCUGUGGGCUGUGUGCCCAGGGAGCGUCCUGCUUCGAGAGGCAGACGCGACCGGGGCAAGCAGCGAUGCGGGCUGACUGCGAGCUCUGCCAGAAGCACCCGUGGCCGCGGCUGGGGAGUGAGGAGAGAGGGACGUCAGCAGGCUGCCGCGGAUCAAAGUGGAGGCUCCCCAGUCAACUAGGGCACCGGGAGAGACCGGGACUGGGGCUGCGAGAACCACUCUAGGGGACAGACCGCAAGCAGCACCGGCUCCAUUGUCAGCCGUGUGUGUGUGUGUGUGUGUGUCCUGCUAGCAGCCCAUUGGCUGGGGGCUGCCUGAUGUCACGGCUGGGUGUUCCUAUAAGCUCCCCAACACAUAACGGGCUCAGGACACUCGUAGACAGGACUCCCGGCAGGGCCGGAGCUGCCCAGGCUGUAGCUGCAGAAGGGGAGGGAGCAGGCUAAAAGGGGAACAAACAAAUGCAAAUCCCAAGCCACCAAACAAUCUGUCAACAAGUCUGACUGCAAGAGGCCCCCAGCCCGGCCAAGCCACCGCCGGCAUUUCUCGGGGGGCCAGCUUGGAUCUCCUAUAGCGCGCGUGUGACUGCUCCAGGGCACCGGCCAGGCGCACCCGCCACCGAGCGCAGGAGACAGCGGGCGCGUAAAGAGCGCGAACGGAGCGCCGGCGCUGCGCCGUGAGCUUCGGACUGAGCCAGCCUUGCCUGCGAAGAGCCCCGGCGCCGUGCGGCGGGGGAUCGGACGCGGGGCCGCCCGAGGCGUGCAUGUCAACAGGGAGCAGAGCGCAGAAGUUGCGCUGCUGCGGGUAGGAAGCCAUGGGAUCGGUGAGUCCCCCCAGCCCGGGGCUUGCUGCGGUCAAUGUGAGCAGCAGCGAGGACACGGGCAGUUCCAGCCUGUCGCAAGACGUCUGGAUGGUGGGCAUGGGCAUCCUGAUGUCUGUGAUCGUGCUGGCCAUCGUCUUCGGCAACAUCCUGGUGAUCACCGCCAUCGCCAAGUUCCAGCGGCUGCAGACCGUCACCAACUACUUCAUCACUUCCCUGGCGUGCGCCGACCUGGUGAUGGGGUUGGCCGUGGUCCCUUUCGGAGCCAGCCACAUCAUGCUGAAGCAGUGGAAGUUUGGGAACUUCUGGUGCGAGUUCUGGACCUCCUUAGACGUGCUGUGUGUCACGGCCAGCAUCGAGACCCUCUGCGUCAUUGCCGUGGACAGGUAUUUCGCCAUCACCUCCCCCUUCAAGUAUCAGAGCCUGCUGACCAAGAGCAAAGCCAGGAUUGUCAUCCUCUUGGUCUGGGUGGUGUCGGUUUUGACCUCUUUCUUGCCUAUCCAGAUGCACUGGUACAGAGCAGAGGGCCCGGAAGCCGAAAAGUGUUACAAAGAUGAGAAUUGCUGUGACUUCUUCACCAACCAAGCCUAUGCCAUCGCUUCUUCCAUCAUCUCCUUCUACUUGCCUUUGGUGGUCAUGGUCUUCGUCUAUGCCAGGGUCUUCCAGGUAGCCAAGAAGCAGUUGAAGAAGAUAGACAAAUGUGAAAGGAGGUUUCAUAACCAGAACAGCCACCAGCAGGAGCAGAACGGGAGAGCAAAUCACAGGAGAACCUCCAAGUUUUGUUUGAAGGAGCACAAAGCCCUGAAAACCUUGGGGAUCAUCAUGGGCACCUUCACUUUGUGCUGGCUUCCCUUCUUCAUAGUCAACAUCGUGCACGUGAUACAGGACAACAUUAUCCCCACUUACCUGUACAUCCUCCUGAACUGGUUGGGAUACGUCAACUCCGGCUUCAACCCCCUUAUUUACUGCAGAAGCCCGGACUUCAGGUAUGCUUUCCAGGAGCUCCUGUGCCUCCGGCGAUCUGCCCUGAAGAUGCACGCCAAUGGAUAUUCCAACAGCAACGGGAAAAGUGACUUCAACGAGGAGGACGAUGGAUAUCAGUUGGGACAAGACAAAACGUGUGAAUUGCUGUGUGAUGGAGCGGGGCCACCUGCCAGUGAGGACUUAUUGCACUGUAAAGAGAUCCCUGGGUGUCCUGGAAUGGUGGAAAGUUGAAUGGGCUGAAGUGUCUUCCUCACCACGCUGAGCUCACAAGAGCUCUGGAGAGAGAAAGCAGGAGCACAGCUGUGCUUCUCUGAGGCUGGUGAAACCGUGGGAAACUAUUGCUUUGGCAACUGCCUUCAUCUCAGCCCAUCACCCAUAGUGAGUCACCCGAAGGAGAAGCUGAUGAAGGAGUGGCAGCGACUCAGGCGAGGAUCCAUCAGCGCAUCAAGCAUCUGAGGGGGAUAUAAGAGCCCUGAAAGAGCCACAUCUCAGGAACCAGCCAUAUGAAAUUGAAUCCACUCUGGGAAGGUGAUAGCAUGGCCCAACAACACAGCACGGAAUGAGUUGAGUUUCCAUGCAGGAGGAAAAAGACAUCCAGGGGUUUCCCUGUCAUGUCAACCUCGGAAAGUAUAGUUUCAAGAAAAUCUCUAGGGCUGCCCUGUCCUCUCCAUUGGUCAAUUCAUGGAAAAGAAGCCAAGCUCACGGCCUCCUAGCCAGGCCAAGGGAUUGCUAGGAACAUGGCCAUAGGUUUUUGUCCACAUGCUGGCAGUGGGGUUCAGAUGAAACAGGAACCUUUUAAAGACUAAAAAGACAAGGAAUACUGAAGUUUGCUUUUAUUUACUCUGUGUUUAUACAGAGGAAGAGACAGAGAAGAUGCCAUGGGUAGAAACUAAUAAAUUCCCAAUACGCCACUCAGUCCAACUCAGAUAGAAGAGGAACAUUAACAUGGGCCAAAUCUGAGGUCUUCACUCAGACAACACUCUCACAGACCCCAAGACACUGACUUCAAUGACUGUAAGGCACUAGGAUUUGACCCCAUGUUUUUGCACUUAGCAGGGGUGGGAAGAGAUCUGCUUCACCUUUCACUUUUCAGCCCUGAUGGUCAAACAGCACUCGCCACACCCUUGGAGCCCAGUUUUCAGACCUGAGCCCCAAAUGCCAUACAAGGCUCAAAUCCCUCAUUCAGGUAUUGAUAUCAGUGCACGGGCAAGUCAAUCUUUGUUGAAAACUGAGCUCUCUGGCUUAUUAAAUAUACAAAAGGGUUCAAAAUGAAAAGCCCUGAUUUGGUUAUUAAGGGCUUGAUCUGGUGAGGUUCAUAGGCUGCCUAGCAUUGUCCACGAGACACUCAACCUCCACUGGCACCCAGGGGUGUUGGGUGACCAGCACCUCCCAGGAGCUCAGCAUCUCAAAAGAUCAGGAGGCCCUCAUCUCUUUACCCAUGUUGCAAAGAAAAAGGCAGAGAGCUAGAGGUCCACGCAGCGAACCAUUGGAAAGACAAAUUCAAACAGUAGGAAAGCUGUGAUGUUCUUGCAAUUUUGGAUGGCAAAAAGAUAGUCUUGUAUGCCAAGCACCCGGCUCAGCUGAGUGAGUGCAGGAUUCUGCUUAUCAGCCUACUUAACAGCCCCCUGAGUUCUGAGCACCAGCAGCGAUAAUGGAAAUUCUCAGCUUUGCAUGCAGCCCUGUUUUGACAUGAAGUGUGCAGACAGACCGCGCUUCCACCUGGAAAACCUCUCACUAACGUACAGUUGGGUUUCUUUAUUUGCUGCUUGAUGUAACACAAAAACGAGACUGCGGAGCGUUGUUGUAGAGCAGCUUCCGAACCUGUGUCUGCAAGUGGGAGCCACUGACAACUUGUGUAAUGCUGUAAGGUGGCCUUCUGCUCUAGCAAAAUAAAAGCAAGCCACUUCGCUGGGGUUGCCUGAUGUUUAGAAAACAAGAGGCUGCAGUCUGACCUUCUUUAUCUGCUGUGCAGGAUGUGAAGGGUACAGAGCAUGCGUGUGCGUGUGUGUGUGUGUAAGAAAAUGCAUGUUUGUACGCUAAUUAGACUCUGGUACUUUAUAUUCUUAAUAUUGUUUUCUCAAUGCUGCCAUCUACAGCAGAAUCAAAUUUGUUUUAUAUACAGUUGCCUUGUAAGUACCUGGUGGCCAGGUUCUCAGCUGCUGCGAGUUGGCAUAUUUCCACUGAAGAGGAGCUACAUCAGUUGGCAGCAUCUGAUGAUCUGGCUCAGUAUCUCCAACAUGCCUUACACUACCAUACAGUAUAGUGCAUCUGGUUAGAUGUUGGCUGCGAAGUGACUCUGUAGGCAAAUGGGGUAGGCAUUCUCUUCUCCUCAACAGCUCACCCUCAGCCUAGGCCAUUCAAACCGGUGUGACUGAAUGAGGCCAUGAACCUCACUUCUUUAUCCCUUAGCACACUUUCCCGUGAAUUCUUAUGCUGGAGAGAAAACUGUAGGCCUGACUCUGUUAACGUUUGAGGACUGUCCUUUUAUAGAACAAAGCCUAGGAGUCAUUACAGUAACUGACUAGUCAUGGAGUCUCUCUUAGAAAUGGUACCAUGAGUUUUCUCUUCAGGCCAAAGAGUAACACCGAAUCCUUUCAGUUACUUUUCCUGCUAAUACUCUCUUGUGUGGGCGUGGGAGCAGCUGACAGUAACUAAAAUGGACACAGUCUCACUGGUAGCUCACAAACACGCUCCCAAAGUCAUCUCUGAUCUGUUUACCGCCAAUUGCUUCCUCACAGAGUCAUAGGAGAUGGAAGAAAUCUCUUAGACGCUAUCCAGGUCAUCUGCAGAGGCCCUACAGGUUUGUUCCCUAUGUUACAUUUGCUAGUGGCUUGCCAAAUCUAUUUUUAAAUGCCUCAGCCAAUGGGGCUUUCACCCCACUUCCCUUGGGACACCAUUCCACAGCCAAGGUCAGGAACCUUCUACUAAUAUCACACCUACACCUGGUCAUACCUUUCAAGUCCAUGUCACUCAUUAGCACGUUUAAGGGAAGAUGUCCCUUUUCCAAGCUCUGCCCCUUUAACUCUUUUACUCUUUCCUCACAGAUCAGUCUCUCCAGCUCCCUGAUGGUUGCUAUUCUCUGAACUCCUAAUUUGACAUACAAAUAGGCUGAUUCAAUUUUGACUCCAGCUGCAAGAAGUUUGUGACAGAUCCUUUUUCAAACUAGCUCUAGAAGCAAUGCCUGAAGCACUAGCCGUACACGGAUAGCUCCCCAGUAGCAUGUGUGAGGUUGACCUUGCCCUCACCACCUGGGAAGAUUGAACACAGGUUUCACAAUGGGGGAUCAGACAGCUAUCAUGUCAUGGGACACAGGGGGAAUUUGGAACAAGUUCAGUGACAAGUUCUAGUUUAUCCAGGAGGGAACUAAAUCCUGCUGAAGACAGGAUAGGACCAAAUCUCCAUCCCAAAGUAAACCAGCUCCCACAAAUUCAAACUGGGUAGUGGAGGCGUGCAGCACCAUUUAGCAGCUCGUGUGACUGCAUUGACCCGUGGCUCUUGGGAAGAGGGCUUUUCAAGACCAGUUGUGGGCAUACAGGCACAGUUUAUUCUGGUGCCACCUUGGCUGAUGCCACAGUUCAUGUUGAGAGCGCCAUUGUACAUUGCUCAACCCACAGAAGCACAUGCACCUUGUAGGCAUGCAGAAUAAAGCUGCAAAUAAUCAUAGUGAAUGCACGUGGCAGGCUUGUAGAAGGAGUCUUUGUACGCUGCAUUUAUUGUGAGUGCUAUUGUGAACCUGAAGUCCUCUGUUCUCUCCAGAGAACAAAUUGUUCUAACAUAUAAAGUCAGAAAUGCCCUGUUCCUUUGUCCUGAAUUUUCACUGUACACCAAAAGUUGUGGUGGAUCAGAGAAGGGGCUCUCGUCAGACUGAGGAGAGAAGAAAGUAGCACAAUCACACUGGAGUUUGUGGCAGCAUGAUGGAGGAGAGGAG